CAGAGCAGAGAAGAAAGCUUGCAGCAGCCUGGGGGACUGGACUCAGCAAGGGCCCUCCGAGGCCCAGAAGGCCCGGCUGCAGCAGGUGACAGCGACUGGCGUGGCUCCACCAACCCUAAAUGUACCAGUAGCAUCUUUCAUUCUUCCAACCCUGGAGGUGGGGGCCGUCAUCAUGCCCACCUUCCAGAUGAAGUACCUGAGGAAUCCGUGAGCUUGCCCAGGGUUCCCAUAAUCUCUGAGAGACAGAAUCAGGACUUGAGCCUAUAUCUGCCACUCCCCCUGCCCCCAAAGGAGAAAGAAGCAGAGGGACUAGGGCUCCCAGGAGGAAGGGGACAGCUGAGUCUCAGUGGGUGGGGCUGUGGCUUCUGGGCCUGGCCCCGCCUCUGCUCCUCCCAGCACUGCCAGCAAGUGUGGGGUGAGAGCUCCUCCUGGGACACCCCUUACCCUUCGGGAAGGAAUCGAGCCCCCCCCCAGGCUCUUCCCCGGGAGAGGACCCCCUCCUCCUCCUCAUCAACCCCUCCUGGGGCAGGGAGCACCUCCAUCCGCACCCCCGCCCCCGUCUGGCCCCGAGACAGACAAGCUGAGAUGACCAUCAAGCUGGAUUUCGAGGAGUGUCUCAAGGACUCACCCCGCUUCCGAGCCUCCAUCGAGCUGGUGGAAGCCGAGGUGUCGGAGCUGGAGACCCGGCUGGAAAAGCUCCUCAAGCUGGGGAACGGCCUCCUGGAAAGCGGGCGCCAUUACCUGGCUGCUGGCCGCACCUUUGUUGCUGGCAUUUGUGACCUGGCCCGCCUGGGUCCACCAGAGCCCAUGAUGGCGGAGUGUCUGGACAAAUUCACCGAGAGCCUCAACCACAAGCUGGACAGCCACGCGGAGCUUCUAGAUGCCACCCAACACAUGCUGCAACAGCAAAUCCAAACCCUGGUCAAGGAGGGUCUCCGGGGUUUCCGAGAAGCUCGCCGGGAUUUCUGGAGGGGGGCCGAGAGCCUGGAGGCUGCUCUCAUCCACAACGCGGAGGUCCCCAGGCGCCGGGCGCAGGAGGCCGAAGAGGCUGGAGCUGCCUUGAAGACUGCGCGGGCCGGGUACCAGGGGCGAGCCCUGGAUUAUGCACUGCAGAUCAACGUGAUUGAGGACAAGAGGAAGUUCGACAUCAUGGAGUUUGUGUUGCGUCUGGUGGAGGCCCAGGCUACCCAUUUCCAGCAGGGCCACGAGGAGCUGGGCAGGCUGGCCCAGUAUCGCAGGGAGCUGGGCGCCCAGUUGCACCAGCUGGUCCUGAAUUCGGCGCGCGAGAGGAGGGACAUGGAGCAGAGACACGUGCUGCUGAAGCAGAAGGAGCUCGGUGGGGAAGAGCCAGAGCCAAGCCUGAAGGAGGGGCCUGGUGGGCUGGUCAUGGAAGGCCAUCUCUUCAAGCGGGCCAGCAACGCAUUUAAGACCUGGAGCAGACGCUGGUUCACUAUUCAGAGCAACCAACUGGUGUAUCAGAAGAAGUACAAGGAUCCCGUGACCGUGGUGGUGGAUGACCUUCGCCUCUGCACAGUGAAGCUCUGCCCGGACUUAGAGAGGCGGUUUUGCUUUGAGGUCGUGUCCCCCAGCAAGUCCUGCCUCCUGCAGGCUGACUCCGAGCGCCUCCUCCAGCUGUGGGUCAGCGCCGUACAGAGCAGCAUCGCCACGGCCUUCAGCCAGGCUCGCCUCGAUGACAGCCCCCGGGGGCCCGGCCAGGGCUCGGGAUACCCGGCCACGAGCUCCUCGGCUACCCUGGGCUGUGGCGGGAUGGCCCGGGGCAGGGAGCCUGGCGGAGCUGGGCACGUGGUAGCCCAGGUGCAGGGCGUGGACGGCAAUGCGCAGUGCUGUGACUGCCGGGAGCCAGCCCCGGAGUGGGCCAGCAUCAACCUGGGUGUCACCCUCUGCAUCCAGUGCUCCGGCAUCCACAGGAGCCUCGGGGUUCACUUCUCCAAAGUCCGGUCUCUGACCCUUGACUCGUGGGAGCCAGAACUGGUGAAGCUUAUGUGUGAGCUGGGGAAUGUCGUCAUCAACCAGAUCUAUGAGGCCCGCGUGGAGGCCAUGGCCGUGAAGAAGCCAGGGCCCAGCUGCUCCCGGCAGGAGAAGGAGGCCUGGAUUCAUGCCAAAUACGUGGAGAAGAAGUUCCUGACCAAGCUUCCUGAGACUCGAGGGCGAAGAGGUGGCCGGGGUCCCCCCAGGGGGCAGCCUCCUCUGCCCCCCAAGCCUUCCAUCAGGCCCCAGCCAGGGAGCCUCAGAGCCAGGCCAGAACCCCCCUCCGAUGACCUGGGCAGCCUCCACCCUGGGGCCCUGCUGUUUCGAGCUGCUGGGCACCCUCCAUCCCUCCCCACCAUGGCUGAUGCCCUCGCCCACGGAGCCGAUGUCAACUGGGUCAACAGCGGUCAGGAGAAUGCCACUCCGCUGAUCCAGGCCACAGCUGCUAAUUCUCUUCUGGCCUGUGAGUUUCUCCUCCAGAACGGGGCGAACGUGAACCAAGCGGACAACCACGGCCGGGGGCCGCUCCACCAUGCAACCAUUCUGGGCCACACGGGGCUGGCCUGCCUGUUCCUGAAACGGGGGGCCGAUCUGGGAGCUCGGGACUCUGAAGGCAAAGACCCUCUGACGAUCGCCAUGGAAACGACCAACGCUGACAUCGUCACCCUGCUACGCUUGGCAAAGAUGAGAGAGGUCGAAGCGGCCCAGGGCCAGGCAGGAGACGAGACGUAUCUGGACAUCUUCCGCGACUUCUCGCUCAUGGCGUCGGACGACCCGGAGAAGCUGAGCCGGCGCAGUCACGACCUCCACACGCUUUGAUCCCAGGCC